AUGGAUGUUCCGGGCCCCGUGUCCCGGCGGGCGGCGGCGGCCACCAUGCUCUUGCGCACGGCUCGGGUUCCUCGCGAGUGCUGGUUCUUGUCCACCGCGCUCCUGUGCGCCUAUGGCUUCUUCGCCAGCCUCAGGCCGUCGGAGCCCUUCCUGACCCCGUACCUGCUAGGGCCGGACAAGAAUCUCACUGAGAGAGAGGUCUUCAAUGAAAUUUAUCCAGUAUGGACUUACUCUUAUCUGGUGCUACUGUUUCCUGUGUUCCUUGCCACAGACUACCUCCGUUACAAACCUGUUGUUCUGCUGCAGGGAUUCAGCCUUAUUGUUACGUGGUUCAUGCUGCUUUAUGCCCAGGGACUGUUGGCCAUUCAGUUCUUGGAAUUCUUCUAUGGCAUUGCCACAGCUACUGAAAUUGCCUAUUACUCUUAUAUCUACAGUGUGGUAGACCUGGGCAUGUACCAGAAAGUCACAAGUUACUGUAGAAGUGCAACCUUGGUGGGCUUCACAGUGGGCUCCAUCCUGGGGCAAAUCCUUGUCUCAGUGGUGGGCUGGUCCCUGUUCAGCCUGAAUGUCAUCUCUCUUACCUGUGUUUCUGUGGCUUUUGCUGUGGCCUGGUUUCUGCCCAUGCCACAGAAGAGCCUUUUCUUUCACCAUGUGCCAUCCACUUGCCAGGCAGUGAAUGGCAUCAAAGUACAAAAUGGUGGCAUUGUUACUGACACCACAGCUGCUAACCACCUUCCUGGGUGGGAAGACAUUGAGUCAAAAAUCCCCCUAAAUAUGGAGGAGCCUCCCCCAGAGGAACUGGAAGCCAAGCCAGACCGUCUCCUUGUGCUAAAGGUGUUAUGGAAUGAUUUCUUGAUGUGCUACUCCUCUCGCCCUCUGCUCUGCUGGUCUGUGUGGUGGGCCCUCUCUACCUGUGGCUAUUUUCAAGUCGUGAACUACACACAGGGCCUGUGGGAGCAGGUCAUGCCUUCUCGCCAUGCUGCUAUUUAUAAUGGUGGUGUGGAAGCUGUUUCAACCUUACUGGGUGCUGUUGCUGUGUUUGCAGUUGGUUAUAUAAAAAUUUCCUGGUCAACUUGGGGAGAAAUGACAUUAUCUCUGUUUUCACUCUUGAUUGCUGCCGCAGUGUAUAUCAUGGACACUGUGGGUAACAUUUGGGUGUGCUACACAUCCUAUGUUGUCUUCAGAAUCAUCUACAUGUUACUCAUCACUAUAGCAACUUUUCAGAUUGCUGCGAACCUCAGCAUGGAGCGCUAUGCCCUAGUGUUUGGUGUAAAUACCUUCAUUGCCCUGGCAUUACAGACUCUGCUCACUCUGAUUGUGGUAGAUGCCAGUGGUUUUGGCUUAGAAAUUACCACUCAGUUCCUGAUCUACGCUGGCUAUUUUGCACUCAUCGCUGUGGUUUUCCUGGUUAAUGGUACAGUCAGUAUUAUGAAGAAAUACAGAAAGCAGGAAGAUCCAGAAUCAAGUUCUCAAGUAACCACUUCAUAAUAUACUGCUGAAAGCCUUCUUCUUAUAGCAGGAACUCUGCACAGCAACUGUGCCUGGAUGUAUUUAAUUUUUUAAGUUUAGACAUAUAUUUAUGAACAUGUAUUUCAUGGUUUCAAAGCAGCCACUUGACUAACACCUUGUGUUCUUGGACUAAUAUAAUAUUGUUCAAAAGAGCCAGAAGUGAAGUUUAUUUCAUGAGUUAUUUAUGAGAUCUAAUUUAAGGAUGGCAUUUUCCUGAUUCAAAAGUGAACUUGAUUUUGAAACUAAGCAAUCAAGAGCAAUCAAGUACCACAUGGCCUGUAUGCUUGAUUAGCAAGUGAGUUUGAUGUUUUAUA